AUGAAGUUGAACAUCGCCAAUCCAGCCACAGGCUGCCAAAAAUUGAUUGAAUUUGAUGAUGAACGUAAAAUGCGAAUAUUUUACGACAAGCGUAUAAGUGCAGAAGUACCCGGGGAUUCUUUAGGAGAAGAAUUUAAGGGAUAUGUCUUUCGUAUAUCAGGAGGGAAUGACAAGCAAGGAUUUCCUAUGAAGCAGGGCGUUUUGAGAAAUGAUCGUGUCCGCUUAUUGUUGUCAAAAGGUCAUUCUUGUUAUAGACCACGUCGCACAGGAGAACGUAAAAGAAAAUCUGUACGUGGUUGUAUAGUCGGAAGUGAUCUUGCCGUUUUAUCAUUGGUAUUAGUCAAGCAAGGUGAAAAGGAUAUUCCUGGCUUGACUGAUAUUACUAAUCUAAGCAAGGAGGAUGAUGUUCGGAAAUUUGUUGUUCGUAGAGAGGUAACCCCUAAGAAAGAGGGUAAAAAACCAUAUACAAAGGCCCCUAAAAUCCAACGUCUUGUGACUCCUCUUACGUUACAACGAAAACGGCAUCGUCUUGCUCUAAAGAAAAGAAGAGCUGCCGCAUCGAAAGCUGCUGCUGCUGAAUACGCUACACUUCUUGCCAAGCGUAUUAAAGAACAAAAAGAACGCAAAGCUGAUCUUAAAAAGAGAAGAGCCACUAUUCAUAAAGCCUAA